GGCGCCGGAAGUCCUCCUCUGCUCUGCGCGCGGUGCGCCUUCCUGUUUCCUCGUUCCUCACAGUUUGUUUGUGUCGGUGCUUCCUCUGUCCGGAUCAAUGAGAUGGACGCGGGCAAACUUCCCCUGCGGAGGAAACGACAGGCUGAGGGAGAUGAAGGCGAUGUGGCCGUGAAGGAGAGGAGCAGUGAAGGCAGCCGGCUGGAGUCAUGUUUGGAUCAGCCCAAAGAUUCAGACGGUGUCCAUGAAGUCGUCAAGUACACGCCCUCAACACUACCAGCCAAACAUUAUGACGCCGACACCACCGAACCAAUCAGCUGUGGUCUUGAAACUUUGGAGGAGCUGUUGUCAUGGAAACGAAGCGAGGCAAACCCCUUUAAUGUGGCGGCAGUCUCUCUGGCACGUCGGGAACCUCCUCUUGCCAGCUCUCCAUGUCGGACCUUGGUGUCUCAUGACAUGAUGGGAGGUUACCUGGACGACAGGUUUGUUCAGGGGACAGAUGCAGAGGCUCCAUAUGCUUUCUACCACUGGCAGUACAUCGAUAUUUUCAACUACUUCACACACAAGAUGGUGACUAUUCCUCCUGCUGUGUGGACCAACGCCGCACACAAACACGGAGUCGUCGUUAUUGGGACGUUCAUCACAGAGUGGUCUGAUGGAGCUGUGACGUGCGAGGCCUUCCUAAAAGAUGAGGAGUCGUACCGGGCAGUUGCUGAUAAACUAGUCCAGAUCAGCCACUAUUACGGCUUCGACGGCUGGCUGGUUAACAUAGAGAACACCCUCAGCGAGGUGGCGGUGAAGAACACACCUUUGUUCCUGCGCUACCUGACAGACCAGAUGCACGAGCGAAUGCCCGGCAGCCUGGUCCUGUGGUACGACAGCGUGAUUGAGAAGGGUCACCUACAGUGGCAAAAUGAACUCAACGAGUCCAACAGGGUGUUUUUCGAUGCUUGCGACGGAAUCUUCACCAACUACAACUGGACAGAGCAGAACCUGGAGUGGAUGGGGGGAUACAGCGGGGCAGAAGGCCGCAAGGCUGACGUCUACAUCGGGGUGGACGUGUUCGCCCGAGGCAAGGUGGUGGGAGGAAUGUUCGAAACGAAUAAGGCACUGGAGGUCAUUCGCAAGCACAACUUCUCUACCGCCAUCUUUGCUCCGGGCUGGGUGUACGAGGCCCACGAUGAUAAGACGGAAUUCCGAAAGAAUCAGGACAAGUUCUGGGCUCUUCUGUCAGACCACCUGUACGUCCAUCGGCCAGCCUCACCUCUCCCCUUCAUCUCCUCCUUCUGCCAGGGCUUUGGAAAGGCUUUCUACUGGAGAGGACAGCGAGAGGAAAAGAGGGGCUGGUUCAACCUGUCCACCCAGGAGAUCCAGCCCUUGUACUACCAUACGGAGCUGGAGGGUCAGGGCUGGCUGAGGAGCCGCGGCUGCCCAGAGGACGCCUGGAACGGAGGCUGCUCGCUGCUGCUGGAAGGACUCAUCCCCGCCACGCACACAUCUCCAGUUUGUGCCAAGGUCUUCUCCCUCAAUGUUCCUCUGGCGUCCAAGACUCUGGUGGCUCUCAUCUACAAGCCGUCUGCUGGGAUCACGAUUUCCCUGGAGCUGAAGACGACAGACGCCAGUCUUUGCACACACCUGAACGCAGAGGACGUUAAACUUACCAGUCUGUCUCCUGCACUCCUGGCUGAGGGCGACCAGUUGGCGAGCCACUUCUCUCAGCUGUGUGGAAACCUGAAUCCAAAUGGUUGGACUGUCAGAUGUUCACAGCUGGAGCUGAGCGGCUGUGCUCUCAGAGAAGUUUGUUUCAGCAUCCAGAGGGAUGGAGUGCCUCAGGACACGCCUUUCACCUGCAGGGUGGGAGAGAUCAUGCUCUUGGAUGUAGCCAGUAUGCAGUUUCCCCCUGAGCAGGUCAAGGGCUUGUGCAUUUAUGAUGUGGUUUGGCUGCAUGGUGCUGGUACCUCGCCAGACUCCACCUCCCCAUACCUGCACCUCAACGCCACUCUGCGCUGGGACUACCCACCUGAGCUUGUGCGCCAUUUCAGGGUGUACUGGCGACGGCUGAGAGGACCCGUUCCCCAAGUCCCCGAAGGUCAGCUGUCGCUGGUGGGCCGGGCAUAUUCUAAUCUUUUUAGAAUAACAGAGCUGGCCGUGCCUGAACCACCCAGUGUGCUGGAGCUGGUAGUGGAGCCGGUGACCAGGGAGGGCUUCCUGGUACCGGAGAGCCACUGGGGAAGAAGACGGUUCAGUUAUAAAGAGGAGGCACAAUGACUUGGCUGCUUCUCCUUGACUCUCUCAUAAACGGUGCUGCACUCAUGGCUCUGAUGCCAAAUUCAACAUUGUUGUGAAGAGACUGACUAACCCACCACACCUCUGUCUGGUAGCUGUUGACCAAAUAUGAUGAACCUGGCACUCAUCUGCUUGAAUUAUUCUGCCUUGCUUUGUUUCAUGAUAAUGUAACCGAUGUUAAGUUUUCUUUUUUUAGUUUGAGUUUAAAUAACUAAAUGGAUUGAUAUGUACUCAUGUACGGUAGAUAUGGAGAGCAUUCAGCAGUCAAGGGAAACAGCUAGCCUGAUUCAGUCUACAAAAAACACCUACCGGCACGUGUAACGCAGUCUGAUUGACACAUUAUAUCUCAUUUUUACAAAAAGAAGAGUAAGAAUAACAAGUUGAGGCUUUUAAGGUGCUUAUGUGUUGGAGUCUUGGUAGAUCCUAAGUUUUAUGCACCGGACCUUUAAGUUGUGAUUGUUUCAAGAAGUCAAGAGUGAACUCAACAAUUUGAACAUUUUACUUAUUACAUUAUGAAAAUCAACCAGUUGUGCUUUUAAAGGAUGAAAUAAAUGAUAAUUUAAUGCUCAGCUGGAAAUGAAGUUGUCAGAUGAAGUGUAUCCAGGGCUGUCAUGUUACGCACUAAGCCUUAGAUUUGCACAGUGAGACUCCUGUUACAUCUCAGGUUCCUUCAGGAGUCUUGUUUGUAGUCCAUCUGUAGUCACCUGUCAUGUAUUUUCCUUUUGCUUGUAUUUCUGCAUGGCUCAUUUGCACUUGAGAGGCUUUGUGUCCUAUGAAGUAAUCAUCUUUGUAGACACAGCAAAUAUGUAUUGAUUAAGCAACACUUCACGUUUUCCACAGUGUUCAGGAUUUAUUACUCGAGUACAUUUUGGUGGAAUUCUGAAAGAAAGUUAUUAGACGGUUUUUGAAAUGUGACGACUCGUGAAACCUCAACUAACCUCCUGCCACCUCAUCAUUAUACAAUAAACUCUGAUUACCAGGA